AUGUCUACUGUACUGAAGGUCCCUUCCCUUCCGUACCUCUUUUCGCUCCCAGCCGUCGCACUCGUGCAGCUUGACCACCCGCUCGGGCACCUCGCUCCAUUGUCGGCAGCCGAAUUCCGCCAUCCCUUGCCCCUUCUUCCACUUCGACGGAGAGCAAGGUACUGUGAUGCCAUCCGAGCAUCGCCGUUGCAUCGUGGAGCUUACCAUUCAUCGCCAGGACUUGCCAGAGCACGAGAAUCACGCCGCCGUUCGCCUCGGUGCUUCCCACCCCAGCCGCCGCCGCCGCCGCCGCCUCACUUCGCUCCCAACCGAUCCAAGGCCACCGUUGCCUCUGCCCGGUUCAGCAUGGCCUCGUUGAACCUUUCCACCAACGGGCCGUCGAUAAAAAGCACCUACAACGGCGUCGUCAACGGGCCGCCACUGUCGUCCAGCUCCCCUACCUAUGCCCAAUGGGCCCUCUUCUCCGUCCAGGCCCCUCUCGUGAGCGCCUUCCAAGAUGGCAACUCGAAGGAGAGCGUUCUAAAGGUCGAAAGCUCUGGCGAUGGUGAACUGGUCGACCUGGUUGAAGACUUCAACGAGGGACGAAUCCAGUUUGCCUUUGUCAAAGUCAAGGACCCCAACACCGGCCUUCCCAAGUGCGUCCUCGUCGCCUGGUGCGGCGGCGGCGUCCCCGAGCGCACAAAGGGCUACUUCACCAGCCACACGGCGGCCGUCGCCAAAGUCCUCCACGGAUACCACGUGCAGAUCACCGCUCGAUCCGACGGUGACCUAGAGCCUGCUUCCAUCAUGAAGAAGGUGGCCGACGCCUCCGGUGCGAAGUACUCCACCGGCAGCGCCGGCGGCAUCGUGCCGUCGGCGCCGCCGCCCGUCAAGUCCAAGCCCGUCUUUACACCGACAGCCUCCAGUUCCGGCCGCUCCGUCAACCCUCUCGUCGCCGCCCGCUCGAGGAGGGACGAGAACGUGGACGCGGACGGGUGGGGUGCCGAUGCCCCUCCCGUGAGCAGGACCGAGCUUCAAAAGGUCGAAUCAGCGUACAAGCCCACCAAGGUCAACAUGGCCGAGCUCACGAAGCAGACCCAGGAACCCUCGCGCUACGUCGGCGGCGGCCGCAAGGAUAGCGAGCCGAUGGACGUCGUCAAGGGAGCCUACCAGCCGGUGGGCAAGGUCGACAUCGCCGCCAUCCGAGCCGCGGCCAAGAACAAGACGGACGACCGUCCGACACCGGUCAAGGGGACGUACGAGCCGGUGGGCAAAGUGGACAUUGCCGCCAUCCGAGCCAUGUCUCAGAAGCCCUCGAGCAAGUCGGCGGACGAGGAACCGCCACCGAUGCCGGUCACCGACCGAGCGUCCGUGUUUUCGCAGCCCAGCCACUCGGAACGCAUCACGUCCCUACCGAGACCGAAGGUUGGCAACAAGUUCGGAGGCGCCUCCGGCUUCGCCGGCACCAAGGCGCCCACGCCGGGCAGCCUCGGAUUCGGCGGCCCUACACCUGCCCCCGUCACGUCGACGAGCCGCACCUUUGCCGACCAAGGCGGCAAGACGCCCGCCCAGAUUUGGGCGGAGAAGAAGGGGCUGGAGAAGGGGACUGGGGGCGGAGCCGGUGCGUAUGCACCUGGAUCCAUCUCGCCAGUGUCCCCGCACAACGACCGCGGCGGCGAGUGGAAGAGCGGAUACACAGGCAAAAGCUGGGCUCCCGUCCAGGCCGCCGGGUACCAGCGCGGGAACGAGGAAGGCGUGCCGCAGCAGAACAACGGCGACGACGACGAACGGAGCCCCGAGGACGAGCCGGCGCCGUCUGCCGGGGGUGUGUCCGCGCUACGCGACCGAUUCAAGAACGCGGCCCCGAUAGGAUCGGCCCCCGCGCCUCCCUUGCCCAAUUCCAUGGAGGGCCACCCCGAGGCGUCGGAGCGCUCCCCGCCGUUGCCGCCGCCAUCGAGCACGCGGCCUUCCGGCGCCUUCGCGCUGCCGGGUCUUCCUAUGCGUCCCCCGCCGCCUGACGAACACGAGGAGCCGGACGAGGAGGAGGAUGCCUAUCCGGAUCAGAGGGAGCCGUCGCCCAUACAAGUCGCCGCUCCCGUCUCGCGCGGCGCCGAUCCCAAGUGGGAAGUGCCCGAGGCACAUUCGGCCACCCCGCCCGUCCCAACAGCGCAGGCAGCCGUCCCCGACGACGAAACCUUUGCGGACGACCACCGUGCCCCCCAGAGAGGCAUCGGCACCGCCGCAGAGCUCAAACCUGGGCAGGGUCACGAUGGCCUUGAUCAUCUUGCGAGCGGCGGCAAACGUGCGGUCAUCCAAUACGACUACGAGAAGGCAGAAGACAACGAGAUCGAGCUGGUCGAGGGCGAGUACGUGACCAACAUCGACAUGGUGGACGAGGACUGGUGGAUGGGAACCAACGCCAAAGGCGAAAGCGGCUUGUUCCCGAGCAACUACGUGGAGCUCGUCGAGGACGACCCGCAGAGUGCCUCGGCACCAUCGCCGCCGCCGCCGCCCGCCGCCGCCGAGCCGCCGGCGGCGGCGGACGACGUGGCCGACACAGCAGAGGCUGCUCAUGGAGGCGAUGGUGCCACGGCCACGGCUCUAUACGACUACGAGGCCGCCGAAGACAACGAGCUGAGUUUUCCCGAGGAUGCCACGAUUACAGGCUUGGAGUUCCCCGACGAAGAUUGGUGGUUCGGACAGUACGACGGACGGUCGGGACUUUUUCCGGCCAACUACGUGCAGCUGGACUCGUAG